AUGGUACAUUUUAGAAGAAAAUCUAAUCAUAGUGGGUCUGGUGACUUACCAGACACAACUAUAGGUCAUAGACCUCAAAAAUCUGUUGGGAGUGGAGACUUGAAAGUGACUAAAGAAGAAGCCGCUAGGUUCAAAGUUAGAACUGCUUCAGUGAAUGAUCCUAUCUUAGAAGCUGUUCAAGAAGCUCAACCUUUUGAACAAGCUGCCGAUACAUUCAAGACUAAUAUGAACAGAAGAUCUUAUUUUGAUGCAGAAGAUGGCUCUAGAGUACAACCUACGGAUGUUUUUGGCAAUAUUAUUGAAGUACCAGACAUAUCUAACCCAACUAGAUCAAGAGAUGAAAGACCUCUGGAUACAAUUCGCGGAUUUGAAUAUGCUAUAACAGGUGACCCUCAAUGGGCUCAACAAAUUGAAACUCCAUAUCUAGGGUUUAACGUAAGACAAGAUUUCCCCUUGGGGAACCCUUACGAUAAUUAUAUUGAAGCUAAUGGUGGAAUCGGAACUAGUCAAGGUAACCAAGCUCAAGGUAUUUAUCAACCACCUCAACCAACCGAUAUGGAUUCAAAGAAAAAGAAGAAAAGAAAUUGGUUUGGAAGAAAGAAGAAAAAUUAA